UGUGCUGUAGUGUAAAGACGUUGCUGUCAUAACCGCGGCAGAUGGAGGGUGAAUUGAAACUCUUUAGAAACGGGCCGAUCAUAACUUCCAGUGUGUGCGGUAUUCAACUCAUGACAAACACAAAAGCCGUCAUUAAAAGAAAAAACCAGCCUACUGAGUGCACGUUCACGGUUUUCCCAGUUAAUAAAAUGCAUAAAACGGUGUUAACCAAGGGGGAGUGUGAGAAGUUGUUAAAAGACUGUACAGAUAAGUGCCCUUUCUGUAAGUACACCAGCAUGCCACCGCUGGUGUACUAUCACAUUAAAAAUCACAUUCAGUUGGCAGUGAUACAUCAGGGUAAGUCUUUUGUUUUUGUCACUUUAUUUAGUGAAUCUGGUUACGAAUUACACAUAAUACAAAUUCUUUUAACACUGAUUGACCUGUUGAUCCUUUCAGAUUUCACAAUCAUAAAAUGCAACUUAAACUGUCGGGCAAAAUCUCACUUUCACUGCUGCUACUGUUCAGAGACUGUAUUAAAUCGGGGACAUUUGCUGGCACACAUUGCCAGACAUUCUCCCCAGCCUCAUCCACCCAACAUAGGCUCAUCCACCCUGCAUCCUGGUGCCCUGUCACCUCAGCCGCCCGGCACUCUAACAUCUCACCUGACUGGCGCCCCGCCACCUCACUCGACUGGCGCUCAGCCUCCCAGCGCCCUCCCACCUCAGCCGCCCGGCGCCCUGCAACCUCACUCGACCGAUCCUCAGCUGCCCGCCGCCCUGCCACCUCACUCAACCGCCGCUCAGCCACCCGGCGCCCUGCCACCUUCCUCAACCGGCACCCUGCCACCUCAGUCGACCAGCGCCCUGCCACCUCAGCCACCCGGCGCCCUGCCACCUCACUUGACAAACGCUCAGCCACCCGACGCCCUGCCACCUCCAUCGACCGGCGCCCUGCCACCUCAGUCGACCAGCGCUCAGCCGUCCGGCGCCCUGCCACCUCACUCGACCAGCGCUCAGCCGCCAGGCGCCCUGCUAUCUCAGCCACCCGGUGCCCUGCCACCUCACUCGACCGGCGCUCUGCCACCUCAGCCGCCCGGCACCCUGUCACCUCAGCCAACCAGCACUCUGCCAAAACGCCCUGCAAGAAAGACUGUUACUUGCAGCCAAUGUAAUUUGACUUUGCUUGUGAAAAAUCUAAGAACUCAUAUAAGAAGGCAACACAGUGACAAAGACAAUGCAGUAACUCCUGAAAGGCACUUUCAGUGUCAGUGCAUUGAUAAUAACAUUGGCAUCUUUGCGGUUGAGAAGGCUUUCCAUGGCCAGGCAAAGCCCAUCCAUGUAGUAAAAAAUACUUUGGGCCCAAACUUUCACUCAGAGUGUGAACUUGAGCAGUGCAAUGUAAAUGCUGGACCUGACACAAAAAUAUCAGGGAUGGAGGGACACAGUUCAAGGAUCAGCAGGAAGAGGAAGCGCGAGAAGCUGAAUGGAGAAACAAAGAAGAUGAAGUGUGUCCGAAAAGUUCCACGGAGAACUUCGUGUGUGAGAGAUCCUGCACCAUUUUCCGAUGAGCUGGAGGUUGCAGAUUUACCAUAUGUUCGUGUUAGCAUGGAGGAGGCUCGACGUGGAACUCCAGAAAGUCGUCCUGUACGCGUGUAUGCAGAUGGGAUUUUUGACAUGUUUCAUUCUGGACAUGCUCGCGCUUUGAUGCAGGCCAAGUGCCUCUUCCCAAACACGCAUCUCAUCGUAGGUGUAUGCAGUGAUGAUCUGACACAUCAAUUCAAGGGCUUCACUGUCAUGAAUGAGGAUGAGCGUUAUGAUGCAGUGAGUCACUGCCGUUACGUCGAUGAAGUGGUCCGGAACGCUCCGUGGACGUUGACACCCGAAUUUCUGGCUGAACACAGAAUAGACUUUGUCGCCCAUGAUGACAUCCCAUACAUCUCAGCAGGAAGUGAUGAUGUGUACAAACAUAUAAAGGAGGCAGGCAUGUUUGCACCAACUCAGAGAACAGAGGGCAUUUCCACAUCUGACAUAAUCACACGUAUCGUGCGCGACUAUGAUGUUUAUGUGCGCCGUAACCUUCAGAGAGGCUACACUGCCAAAGAGCUGAACGUCAGCUUCAUCAAUGAGAAGAAGUACCACUUGCAGGAGCGUGUAGAUAUGGUAAAGCAGAAGGUGCGAGAUGUGGAGGAGAAGAGUAAAGAGUUUGUGCAGAAGGUGGAAGAGAAAGGCAUCGAUCUCAUACAAAAGUGGGAGGAGAAAUCCCGAGAGUUCAUCGGGAACUUUCUGGAGAUGUUUGGGCCAGAGGGGGCGCUGAAGCACAUGCUGAAGGAGGGUAAAGGACGAAUGUUGCAGGCCAUCAGUCCCAAACAAAGCCCUAGCAGCAGUCCAACACGUGAGGAACGCUCUCCAUCCCCAACCUUCCGUCUUCCCUUCUUCACCAGGACGUCCUCACCGUUCUCUUUACCUUCAGCUCAGCACAACAGCACACACUGCAUCAGCCAGGACGAGGAUGACUAGAGACACUCACAGGGAACUGGGUUUCACAUGGAUCGUGUUUUAAAGCGUGUUCAUGAAAGGAUAAAUACGGAGGUUCACAGCCAUUUCAGAAUCAGCACAAUAUAGUGACCAAUUUAAUCCACCCAUAGACUUUCUAAUAGAUUUCGAUUGUACAUCUUUGCUCUACGUACCCCCCCCCCCCCCCUUUCCUUCAGAGAGAUUUGCCACAGACCACUAAACUAAAAUGCUGUGUAUUGUUGUGUGUUAAGGGACCUUGCAUAAUUAUGCAUUUUUAGGGGUUCUAAUCAGCACACAAAUGCUUAGGAUUUCAGAGCAAAACAUAAUCUCUAUUUUAGGGUAUGCAUAAAAAUACAGCAAACCUGCAUUCAUUGUUUGGAUCUUUAAUGUGCCAAAUUUGAGACUCGUUCCAGCUUGUGGGAGAAUCCUGGGACAGACGAGUCAUCUCAGUUUCUUUAUUUGUGGCACACACAGUGUUUAUAGUUAGUAAGAGUAGCUUUUUUUUAUUUCAGUCAUGUGUUCUGUUUAUCAGUCAUUUUUGUUUUUCUGUUUCACUCUAUUCUAAACUUUAGAUGUUUUCUCUAAUAUGGGCAUCAAGUUAGUUAAAAGUCUGAUUCGAGGUAUACUAUCGGGGAGUUGUAAAGACCCCAGUAUUUCAGUCUGUGUCUGUUUGGCUAGACCUGGCACCUCCCUUUAAACCCUGUGCUGUUCUGUGGCAUGAAUCCCAGCCGUUUUGUAAAGCAUUUGACGGCUGAAUGUUUACAUUACCCAAGGCAGUAUUAAGACAAAGGAUACGAGGACAUUUGUUAGUUUACAUAAGACAGGACAAUGUUAGUAGGAUUAUACAUGUGCCAGCAAGAAAGAUAACUCAAUAGUUACAAAAUAACUUGGGGGUCGGUUUGCAUUGAAGCAUCACUAUAAAAAAAAAGUGAAGAAUGAGUGACUUAUUUAUGGCUUAAGAGUAAAAUGACUUCAAACUACAAAUGUUAUGUUUCUUGUGGUGUCAAAUAUAGACACUGUGUAUUAAAGCAUCUUUAAUUUCCAAUAAUAUAAGAAUUUUAGAAAAAGAUUAAAUACAAAAAUUAACUUGUUCCUUUUGUAUAGUCAAUUAAAUAAGAAUAAUGUACAGUAAUUUGCUUGAAGUUAUGUUUGUGUUUUUAUCUUUUUUUUUCACUAGCUCUAGCAGCUCGAUCAGUCAGUAUCCAUGUACAGUACAUACUGUAGGAGGCAGCAGAUAUAAGAAAGUCACAGACAUGCCUUUCAUAAAAUUACUGCGUGUGUUCAAAAGUGGGAUGAGGCUUCUUGAAAAUGUUCUGCACAUCUCAGGAAAGGUCCAAAAAAAUGUGUUUAUAAAUGCUAAUGUGUGGUCUGAAGAAACAUCAUCAAGAAUGUGCGGGACAUACAUUACCUCAAAUUUGCAAAUAACCUUUAGGAAAAUGAUGUAUAUUUUGCACCAUUUACAGGUUAUGAACCCCCAAACUUAAAUUUUAUUAUAAAAUCACCGUGUUGUUCUAAACCAACCAAGUCCUUUGAUUAUCUUUAAAACACAUUUUUUGAUAAAAACAGGCAGGCUUGUGACUUUCCCAUAGACUGCAGUUUGCAAUUUGCCUAACAAAGCUCAGAAAAGAAUGAAAGACAUCGCCGAAAAGGUCCAUGUGCCAUCAUAUUAUGAAGCGAUGAGAACACUUCUGUGCGCAAAGAAAACAAAACAAACGAUUUUAAUCGACAAUUUGUUUUCCUCCUUCGUCCUUCAGUGCGUGUUCACGAGCAGAUCACGGCACAUACCGCGUGACCUGCUGAUAAUGCCAAUGCCCAUUGAAACAUUUUAAACAAUACUUAAACAUUCUGUUUAUAUGCACAAAUUACUUGCAAGCGUAUUCUGUGAUGGUGAUGCACGGGCGUGUCGUCUCAUAACCCGGGUUGGGGCGGG